AUGGCUGCGCGCAUCACCGCCGUGGCAAUCGGCCUGCUACUGGGCCAUGCAGCGGCCACGACCCUCACCAGCAGCACGACGCAGACGGCGAGCUCGAUCCCAUGCCGCACGCUGCUGGGAACCACCUCGGUGGCACUCGUGCCCACGAGCACCGUCACCUCGACCAGCACGGCCGCCGACCCGGUGGUGGUGACCUCGACGACGCUAGCGAUGGUGACGGUCUCGCUGACCCCGACGCCCGUCCGACAGACGCAGCUGGAGACCGAGUACGCGACGGAGACCGUCACGACCACGCAGUCCGCAGUGACCGACACCUUCUCGACGACGUCGACGGUGAUGGACACCACCACGCAGACCCUCACCCCGGCCGUGACCACCACGACCGUCGUCUCCUCGACCUCCGUGCGCGUCACCAGCACCUCCACCGUCGCCACCUCGUCGGGCUUCUACCCGGUCAUCGACACCUUCUCGACGGGCCUGCCCGCCGCAGCCAAAGCCAAGCGAUCACUGCCACAGCUGCACGACAAGCGGUCUUCCCCCCAGAGCGCCAGCGACCUAGACUGCAGCCCCCGUCUCGACGACUUCCAGUACGCGCAGGCCGUCGAGUGCACGGUGCAGGUGCUCGCCGAGACGACGGUGAUCGAGCGGGUCACCAACACGCUGACCACCACGGCCACAGGGUCCGCCACGCCCAUAACCCUAACCAUCACCACGACCCGCACGCUGACCACCACCUCGACCGUCCUGCCGACCGACGUAUCCACGACCCUCAGCUUCACCACCACCGCCACCCUCACGGCCAUCACCACCGCCCCGACCCCCACCAGCACGGUGACCAGCACCCACACCGUGGCCACCACCAGCACGGCGGCCGUGUACGCCGCCUGCGCCACCACCAACAUCACCCCGAACCCGAUCACCUCGGAAUACAGCGCCUCGCUGGCGGGCAAGUACGUCUACUUCCUGAGUCUGUACUACGACGGCAGCUACUCGCUGUCCUCCGGGUCCACGACCUCGGCCUACGACUGCUGCGUCAGCUGCAUCGAGAACGACCUCUGCGCGAACGCCUACUACGACUACGUCGAUGCCGACAUCUCCUAUUGCUAUCUCGUCGAGGUCGAGACCUGCUCGUUCGAUAGCCAUUAUACCUAUGGGGUUGCUCUCAAAUAA